UGGAAAAUUCUCCAUCAGAAUAAGUCUAGAAAAAUUAUUGUUUGAAAUUGUAUAGUGUCAGAAUAAUGUCGUGUAAUAAAAUAAUAUUAUUUUAUUAUUGUUUAUUUAUUGUUAAUGUUACGUGCAGUAAAAUCGAAAUUUACGCGUCUUCACCAGAAGACGAUUCAUCAAAACGUCUCAUUAGCCAUGCGAAAGAAAUAGUGGAGAAAUGUUUUACAAAUAAUUCAAAUCCAAUUUUAAUAAGUGCUGAUUUGAUUGAUGACGAUGACGAAGUAAAAAAUCCAUCUGAUAUUAAUCAUAUAAAUUCGUCGUUAAUUAUAAUUAACGAGGAUUUCAAGCCAACUAAGAUCGAAGGGCACAUUCCUGCUUAUCCGGCGUAUGUCCUUUUGUUUGAAUCGUUUCUAAAACUGGCAGCGUUUAUCGGAGAGUUAAGGAAAUCAAAAAUCUGGAGUAUCAAGUCUCCGUUUUUCAUUCUCGACACGACGAAAGAUCUUCGUAGUAUGAAUGCUCGAAUCGUACUAGGAAUGCUGUGGAAAUUUAAUUUAUUAUCUGCAUAUUACUUGUGUUAUGACAGAGAUUCGACAAUUGUUUACACUUUAAAUCCGUUUACAAAUUACGCUCCGUCAUCGUGGGUCCAACUUGAUGCCAGCGACGCAUUUAUAGAUAAAGCUGACGAGAAGUGGACACUCUAUAAUCUAAAAUAUUCAAAAGUUACAGGUAAAAAUAUAUGUCAGAAUAUAAUUUUCGACAAAACAAAAAAUUUAGGCCGUUAUAAAAUAAAAACAGUAUCUACUGGGCGAUUUCCAAAUGUGACUUUAGAUAAGAAAGUAAACAUGAUGGAAAAUUAUUUGAAAUCAAUAACGAAUGAAAAAUUAGCAACAAUACAUACAUUGAUUCCGUACAUUAAUGCAACAUAUUCAGUCCACUUCUUGGAACGAGGUAUUUCCAAAGAAAUGAUGAAUUAUGGUUACAUUGACGAGUUAGUACAAAAAAAGUAUGAUACCCAUGAUAAGUUAACGCAAUUAGCAGAUGCUAACUAUCAGUUUAUAGAUAUUAUAGCACAGUAUACUUUAUUUGAAUACUCAAUAUUGACGAAAAAGUCGAAUUAUUUGGAGGCAAUCAGCGAAAUAACUUUUAAUCUACAAUUUAUUAUUCUUUCAAUUGUUUUUCUUUUAUUGAUAUUAGCGGUCAUAUUAGUUAAUAAUGCGUUCAGGGUUAGUGAGAGUAUUAUGGACGUGGUGAAAAUGUUGGCUAAUAUGGGAGUUAUGUCUCCAAUGGAUCGUUUAUCUAUGAGAAUCAUUUACUUCUCUGGAUUUCUAUUCAUAUUUAUAAUAAUGCCCGAGUUUCAGGGACAAAUAUCCGCAAUGUUGUCAAAACCAAUUCGACGUAACGUUGAGUCGCUUAAAGAUCUUCGUGACAAUAAGUAUCAUGUAUAUUUUGACGGUCUUUUAGAAAAUGAUAUGAUCAAUGAAAACUUGUGGGUUACUGAUGAGGACAGAAAAUAUUUACAUCCAUCGAGUUUGCUACAUCUUGAAAAAUGCCCAUAUGAAGCACAGGAAAAUUCGACUGUUGCAUGCAUCAGUAGGACGUUGCUUCAAUUAAAUUCCGCUUUAAAUUUAAAAAAUUUACAUAUUUCAAAAGAUGUCAUAUUUAGAAAAUAUUUCGUAUACUGGACCAGAAAGGAUUGGCCGCUGAAAGAUAGAGUCGAUAAAAUGGGUGCACUAUCGGUGGAAACAGGCUCAAUUUAUUAUCGAGACGACAAACCGAGCAAAGAAUAUUCGAAAAAGUUAAAGAAAAUUAAUAAAAUUAAAGAAAAUGAAAAGUAUGAGCAGGUUGACUUUGAUAAUUUCGUGUUCAGUUACAUGAUCACUGGGGUGAUUUUACUGUGGAGUGUGUUCAUUUUCGCAAUCGAACUGCUCUUUCAUAAAUAUUCAAAACUUCGCAAACAAGUUCUGAUAAGGCGACGGUUCGGGAAUAGAAAGUCAUUGAGAUCGCAACCGAGAAUUGUUUUCUUUCCUGGGCGAAUGGUUCUUCUUAAUAGCCGCGAGUGAUUUUAUCUCGAAACCAAGUAUUAAAUUAGUAGUAAAUCCGUAAUUAGUAUUCACUGAUUGGUUAAUGGGGAUUUAAUAAUUGCACUCGAUGAUAUUCGAAAAAGGUGCCAUCUGCAGGUUUUGGUCACUAAGUAAAUAAUAAUUUAAAAUCUCAAAUAUCAUAAUAAGUAUCACUGAUACACAAAAUAAAACUUCAAUCUUUUCUGUAGAGCAUAAAUAUAUCUACAAAAAAAAUUGAUUCAACUUUUUCUUAAAAUCGGUAUUUGAACCUCCAGAAAUGGAAUAAAUGUCGUGUUGUUUGUCAUUAACAAUUAUAAAUCUGCAACUUUA